AUGCGGGAGGAAGAACUCGAGAUAUCACUCAAGGUGGUGAUAGUCGGUAACGGCGCCGUAGGGAAAUCAUCGAUGAUCCAGAGGUUUUGCAAGGGAACGUACACGAGGGACUACAAGAAAACGAUCGGCGUCGAUUUUCUCGAGCGGGAGAUCGAGGUGGACGGCGAGGACGUGAGACUGAUGCUGUGGGACACCGCGGGCCAGGAGGAAUUCGACGCAAUCACCGCGGCUUAUUAUCGCGGCGCCCAUGCCUGCGUCCUCGCUUAUUCAGCCACCGACAGAGAUUCCUUCGACGCCAUACCUUCGUGGAAGCUGAAGGUGGAGAACGAGUGCGGCGAGAUUCCCACGGUACUCGUGCAAAACAAAAUGGACCUGGUUGAUCAGUGCGUCAUUGAUCCGGACGAGGCCGAGAGGCUAGGUCGCGCGCUCGGCUGCAAACUACUCCGUACCUCCGUGAAAGAGGACGUCGGUGUCGUAGGCGUCUUCCGGCACCUGGCGUCGCGAUGUCUCCACGAGAUGCGACGUUGCGACGACGAUUACCAGGACGACCUGAGACUGUAUUCGUCCGGGCCUAGAUCUCCAUCUGUAAUAAGUGCUUUUAGUCCAAACGGAUCCACGUGUGGUCGGAGUACAGGGAAUGGUACGAUUGUUUUACGGCCGGGUGCCAAGACAAAAAACCACAAGAAGAGGAAUUUCGUGAAAAACGCCUGUAGGCUGCUUUAGUCUUUGCGUGGAUAAAUAUGUGGUGAAGCUUCCCUACGAAUUAAUCUCUAACCGUGUACAGACUAAUUAUUCGGAUUUAUUAGUGAAUAGAAGCAAAACUAUGUAUUCCGUGCCGGUGAUUGGUACGACGACAGUUGACCACGUAAGGCGCAACUGAAUACAUCAGGGUAAUCACGAUAUUGAAAAUGAACGCACAGUAUAUACAUGGUUCAUUAUCUUCGAACAGUAUUGAUAUAUCGAUCAAUUUACGAUACACGAUCGCUUCGAUAAAUCGAUUAUCAAUACGCACUAGCGUUUAACAUCGAAAAACCGAGA